AUGGCCCUGUCUCAGACCCUGGUCCUGCCAGGCUCGCUGCUGCAUCUCCGGGGCCUGCGACUCGCAAUCGGGGGUCUUGGAGGGGGCCAGGGCUAUGGUCAUGCAGAGCCAGGGCCAUGGAAGGACCAGGGCCAGGAGCAGGGUCAGUGCCGGGCCAAGGCCAGGACUAGGGACAGGUCUGCGUUAGGGCCAGUGACUGCUCUACAUUUGGCGUGUGCCCACGGCCAUCCGGGAGUGGUAGCUGACUUGGUGGCCAGAAAAUGCCAGCUUAACCUCACUGACAGUGAAAACAGGACAGCUCUGAUCAAGGCUGUACAAUGUCAAGAAGAAGUUUGUGCAUCCAUCCUGCUGGAACAUGGCGCUGACCCAAAUGUUAGAGAUAUGUAUGGCAACACUGCUCUGCACUAUGCCAUUGAUAAUGAGAAUAUAUCGAUGGCAGGAAAACUGCUUGCAUAUGGUGCAAAUAUUGAAGCAAAAAGCCAGGAUGAAUAUACAUCACUUUUACUUGCCAUAAAUAGGAAAAAAGAGCAAAUGGUGACAUUUUUGUUGAAGAAAAAACCAGAUUUAACUGCAAUAGAUAAUUUUGGAAGAACAGCCCUGAUACUUGCUACUUGUAAUGGAUCAACAGGUGUAGUCUUCCAGCUUCUUCAGCACAAUGUUGAUGUCUGUUGCCGAGAUACAUCUGGAUGGACUGCAGAAGACCACGCCAUUGCUUAUAACUUUCAAGCCAUUCGCAGACUAAUUUCUGAAUAUAAAGCAAACAAGAGACGUAAACGUCUUCAAAACAGGAAUCCAGAACAAGACUUAAAAUUGAUAUCAGAGGGAAAGCAAGACAGGCUUCAAGGAUGUGAAAAUAACCAGCCACAGGUUGCAGAAAAAAUGAGAAAGUGCAGAAAUAAGAAAAUGAAAGUGUCAAGAAACCUACAUGCUGAUGACAGUGACAAUGAUGAUGAUGAUGAUGAAUUAAUUCAAGAAAGGAGGGGCAGGAAAUCUGAUGAUCGUCAAUUUCCCAGGCAGAAGAGGGAAGAGUACAAUAGGCUUGCAAGGAAAACCUGUAAUGAAAAGAACAAGGUUAAAAGAGAUCUAUAUUCCAAGGAUGACCUCAAUGACAUAAUUUGGUCACCUGAAACAUCCUCGGAGGAUGAUGACUUGCCUUAUUCCAGUGAUAAAAACUUUAUGUUAUUCAUUGAACAACAUGGAAUGGAGCAUAAAGAUUUUGUUAGCCUAUCGAAAACCAAGAAUGCAAUAACUGCAUGUGAAAGAUCAAUAGAACAUAAAAAAUGUAACUGUGAACAACUUAAAGUAAAAUUUCAAAAAAUGAAAAAUAAGAUUAGCAUGCUACAAAAGGAACUAUCUGAAACAGACGAAACCAAAUCACAGUUAGAGUAUCAGAAUCUUGAAUGUAAACAAAAGCUCUGUAAUUUCAGCUGUAUCUUACAAGAAGAAGAAGAAAAAAGAAGAAAGGCUGAAGAGUUGUAUGAAAAAGAUACGGAAGAGUUAAAAAUAAUGGAAGAGCAGUAUAGGACACAAACUGAAGUGAAAAAACAACUUCAACUGACUCUCAAAUCAUUGGAAGUGGAACUGAAGACUGUAAGAAGUAACUCAAAUGAGAGUUCUCAUACUCAUGAAAAAGAAAGAGACCUGUGGCAGGAAAAUCACUUGAUGCGGGAUGAAAUUGCCAGACUCAGGCUGGAAAUAGACACAAUUAAAUAUCAGAACCAGGAAACAGAAAAGAAAUAUUUCAAGGAUAUUGAAAUUAUAAAGGGAAACAAUGAAGACCUUGAAAAGACUCUAAAGCUGAAUGAGGAAACAUUAACAAAAACAAUAACCCGGUACAGUAAAGAGCUUAGUGCUCUGAUGGAUGAGAAUACAGUGCUCAAUUUGGAGCUAGAGAAGGAAAAACAAAGCACACAAAGACUGAAAACAGAAAUGGAAUCAUACCCUUGUAGACUGGCUGCUGCCCUACAUGAUCACGAUCAAUGUCAGUCAGCAAAAAGAGACCGACAGCUUGCUUUCCAGAGCACAGUAAAUGAAUGGUGUCAUUUACAAGAAAAUAUUAAUUCUCACAUUCAGAUUCUUUCUCAGCAACUUUCCAAAGUUGAGAGUACAUCCAGUGGCCUGGAAACUGAGCUCCAUUAUGAAAGAGAGGCUCUCAAAGAAAAGACAUUGGCUGUAGAACACAUGCAAGAAGUCCUAAGCCGAACACAGUGUCAACUGAAGGACAUUGAGCACAUGUACCAAAAUGACCAACCUAUUUUUGAAAAAUACGUGAGAAAGCAGCAAUCUGUAGAGGAUGGACUAUUUCAACUACAAAGCCGAAAUCUGUUGUAUCAACAGCAGUGUAAUGAUGCUGACAAGAAAGCUGACAAUCAGGAAAAAACAAUAAUUAAUAUCCGAGCCAAAUGUGAAGAUACUGUAGAAAAACUUCAAGCUGAGUGUAGAAAGCUAGAAGAGAACAAUAAGGAGUUGAUGAAGGAAUGCACUCUUUUAAAAGAAAGACAAUGCCAAUAUGAAAAAGAGAAAGAAGAAGAAGAAGUAGUCAUGAGACAGCUUCAGCGAGAAGUGGGGGAUACCCUGAACAAACAGUCACUGUCAGAAGCUAUGCUAGAGAUUUCAUCACAAUGUCACCAUAAUUUAGAAGAUGAGACACGAGAUUCAAAAAAGAAAUUAGACCAGCUGAGAAGUCAAGUAUGUAUGAAACUUAGCAUGUCAACAGUUACUCUGUAG